AUGGGCUUCACAACUGGCUUUCUCGGGGGCUUCACCCUGACUGCCUCAGUCCUCUACCUUACCAUAUCGCUCCACACGAGAAACCGCAUCACACAAGCCGCACUCCUGCGUCAACAACAAAACGUGCUGAAGAACGUAGUCGAACCCGAACCGCCAGCACCGGAACCGGUAGCGCGUGUUGUUCCCGCAGGAUUGGCAGAGAUGGCGAAGGACAAGUGGAAUAGAGCUCUCGAGACAAGCUUGAAGGGCGUCUACGAGACCGAUUGGAGAAGAGUCAGAGAGAAUGCAGAGGAUAGGAUGGGUGCAGUUGUGCACAAGAUCAAGGAACAGAAAUAG